AUGUGGGCGGCCACUGCAAUUGGACGCAAGCGCAAUAUCCAACUCGGGGCUCUCCUUGCGCUUCUUGGCGGGGCGUUGCAAGGCGGCGCUGCCAACAUAGCGAUGUUCCAAGUAGGUCGCUUCAUUGCAGGGGUAGGCAUCGGAAUCUUGGUUACAGUCUGUCCCAUGUACAUGUCUGAGCUGGCACCACCAGUGAAGCGUGGAUGGUUGGUGGGGCACCAUGCUAUCUUCCUCGUUUUCGGAUACAUGCUGUCUUCCUGGCUGGGUUUUGCAUGCUUCUAUGCAACUGAUAGUCAUCCGUCCUUUGCCUGGAGAUUUCCUUUGUGCAUGCAGUGCUUAGGCCCACUGGUACUCUCGGUCCUGUCCAACUUUAUUCCCAAGUCCCCUCGCUGGUUGCUACAAAAAGGUCAUACUGAGGAGGCCUGGAAGGUUCUGCAGAGAUUGCGGAAAGACCCCUUGGAUGAGCAUGACUUGGUUGCAAAGGAAGAGCUAUUCCAGACUAAACAGCAGAUUGCUCUCGAGCAGACCAAGCUGCAGGCGUUGGGUUGUGGGCCCUGGACCGCAGUGCUCAAGAAGAAGAGCUACCGGAAGAGAAUGAUCAUUGGAUUUUUGACUCAGUGGGGGGUUGAGUUUGGUGGUCCCCUGGUGAUCAACAAUUACGCUGUCAUUUUAUAUACGAAUUUGGGCCAGACUGGUUCAAUGCCUCUUCUUCUUUCGGCUCUUUGGCUAACUACUGCGGGAGUGAUAUACAAUCCGCUCGGCGCUUGGCUUCAUGACAAGGUCAACUCGCGUCGAGGGAUGCUGAUGGUCGGCAUGGCCGGUUGCCUUGUCACGACUUCAGGUUUGGCCGGGUGCAUCGCUGAAUAUGCUGGAACAUCAAAUCGCGCGGGAAACGCAGCAGGGGUGUUCUUUAUAUUCCUCUAUCUCGCGUUUCAAGGGACAUGCUGCGACACGACGAUGUACUUGUACGUGUCUGAAAUCUUCCCUACCGAGAUUCGAACAAUCGGUAUGGGAUUCUCUCUCUUCGGCCAAUUUGCUGCCACCAUCGUCCUCCUUCAGACUGCGCCCAUCGGCAUUCAAAAUGUCGGGUGGAAGUACUAUCUCGUGAUUAUUUGCUGGUGUAUUGUCUUUGUUCCUCUUGUAUAUUUCUUCUGGCCUGAAACGGCCCGUCUGUCAUUAGAAGAGAUUGCUGGCAAGUUUGGUGAUGACGUUGCUGUCCACAUCAAUGAUGUGUCUGAGGAACAGCGAAGGGAACUCGAUGAGUUCUUGAAGAACCAGAAUCUGGUACACAUUGAGGACACCAAGCAAGAGGAGAUGCAUACCAGCUCUCCCGGAAGUGGUAAUGUCGAGCAGAUAGUCUGA